AGCAAAUGAAGCACUAAUCAGUCAAGUUGUUUGGAUACACGUGAAAUUAUAAAUUUUUCUAAUUUGAAAUAACAAUGAAUGUUCUUACUAAAUCAGGUAGAUAUUUUUUACGUUCAAGUAUCUAUUAUGAGAAAGUUCUAGCUCCAACAUUCACAAGACAUUAUGCUGAGACUGAGUGGAAAGAUGAACUUGAUUUAACCUCAAUAGAAGAAACUCCAAAAUAUGUAGAUGCAAUAAGUGAUGAAGAAAAAGCAGAAAUAUUAAGAAAAAGAAAUAAAUCUUGUCUAAAUCCUGAACAUCGUAACAUUUUACUUGGUAAAAAACCUUAUAAUCAAAGCAUAGAGACCUUUCAUGAUACUAUAACAUACAAAAGAAAAAUGCUUGGUAGACAUGGUCUAGAAGCAUUAGAUAUACCGGCCGGAGCACUCUGGCUUACUAAGGACGGUAUUGAAGAUAAAUUGGAAUAUGAGAGAGUUUAUAAUCCAUAUACUCUGCAAGAGGGUUGGAAAAUUUUAGAAGAAAAAAGACAAAAAGAGGCAGAAACAAUUCGACUAAGGGAGGAAGAAAUAGAAGCAAAUAUGAAGAAACGUUUCACUUGGGAAAAAGAACUGCAAAAUAAAUUAGCCAAAAAAGCAGAAGCAUUACGAGCUGCUCAAGAAAAGAAAGAACGAUUGGUUGAAGAAGUUCGUCGGAAGUUAGGUUUUGCCGUAGAUCCGAAAGAUUCUAAAUUCCAGGAAGCACUUGAAAAGAUGGAAGCAGAAGAAAAGAAACGUAGAAAAGAAUUGAAAAAACAAGAAAGAGCUGCUAAGAUUUUGGCAAUGUUGCUGAAACAGAGUCAAGAAGUAUCAACGAAUAUAGAGCAGAAAACAGUAGACGAUAAAAAGGAAGUAGAAUCGACGGAUAUCAAACAGAAAGCAGAAGAAGUUAAAGAUAUAUCUUCAGAUAAACCUGAAUCUAAAUAAUCUAAUUUUUUGUAAGAUUUUUUAAUUGUAUGAGAAUUAAAUUUAUCAACUAUUACCAUUUUACUAAGAAUAUAAAAAAAUUAACAUACUAGUGUUUAAUAAAUU